UCUUACCUCUCAGCACGAGACCAUGAGUACCGAUGGCGAGAUGGCGAUCUUCGGGCCGGCCGCCCAGUACCUCCGCAAAUCCGAGCGGGAGAGGAUAGAGGCGCAGUCCCUCCCCUUUGACAGCAAAACGGCUUGCUUUGUCUGUGAGGACAAGGAGUUGUACGUCAAGGCCACCGUGCAGGACAAGGCGGACGACAAAGUCACCGUCAAGACGGAGGACGACAAAACGUUGAUUGUGAAGGAGGACCAAGUUUUUCCCAUGAACCCGCCAAAGUUUGACAAAAUCGAGGACAUGGUCAUGAUGACGCACCUUCACGAGCCCGCCGUUCUCUUCAACCUGAAGGAGCGCUAUGCUGCCUGGAUGAUCUAUACGUACUCUGGUCUCUUCUGCGUAACGGUCAAUCCCUACAAAUGGUUGCCGGUCUACAACCCUGAGGUGGUCCAGGCCUACCGAGGCAAGAAAAGGAUGGAGGUUCCUCCUCACAUCUUUGCGCUGUCAGAUAACGCCUACCAGUUGAUGCUGACGGAUCGUGUGAAUCAGUCCAUCCUCAUCACUGGAGAGUCUGGUGCAGGAAAGACAGUCAACACCAAGCGGGUCAUUCAGUACUUUGCUACCAUUGCCGUGUCCGCAGACAAGAAGAAAGAGAACAACAGUAAAAUGAAGGGAACGCUGGAGGACCAGAUCAUCCAGGCCAACCCUCUGCUGGAAGCUUUUGGGAAUGCCAAAACCGUGAGGAAUGACAACUCUUCUCGCUUUGGUAAAUUUAUACGCAUUCACUUUGGCGCCACCGGCAAACUGGCGUCUGCGGAUAUCGAAACAUAUCUGCUGGAGAAGUCCAGAGUGUCCUUCCAGUUGGCAGCCGAGAGAAGCUAUCACAUCUUCUAUCAACUAACAUGCAACAAGAAGCCAGAACUCAUCGACCUGCUCCUCAUCAGCACCAACCCCUACGACUUCGCCUUCAUCAGCCAGGGCGAGAUCUGCGUCAAAAGCAUUGACGACGCAGAGGAGCUAAUGGCGACUGACGAGUCCUUCGACAUUUUGGGCUUCACUUUGGAAGAAAAGAUGUCCGUCUACAAGCUGACUGGUGCAGUGAUGCAUUAUGGGAACAUGAAGUUCAAGCAGAAACAGCGAGAAGAGCAGGCGGAGCCAGACGGCACUGAAGAGGCUGACAAAGCAGCUUAUCUGAUGGGUCUUAACUCUGCUGACCUGCUGAAGAACCUCUGCUACCCCCGCGUGAAGGUGGGCAACGAGUACGUCACCAAAGGACAAAAUGUGCAACAGGUGUACAACGCCAUUGGAGCUCUGGCUAAAUCCGUGUAUGAAAAGAUGUUUUUGUGGAUGGUGCAGCGCAUUAACCAGCAGCUGGACACCAAGCAGCCCAGGCAGCACUUCAUUGGCGUUCUCGACAUUGCUGGCUUUGAAAUCUUUGACUUCAACAGCAUGGAGCAGUUGUGCAUCAACUUCACCAACGAGAAGCUGCAGCAGUUCUUCAACCACCACAUGUUUGUGCUGGAGCAAGAAGAGUACAAGAAGGAAGGAAUUGACUGGGAGUUCAUUGACUUUGGCAUGGACUUGGCAGCCUGCAUCGAGCUCAUUGAGAAGCCAAUGGGCAUCUUUUCCAUCCUGGAGGAGGAGUGCAUGUUUCCAAAAUCAACUGACACCUCCUUCAAGAACAAACUUUAUGACCAACAUCUGGGCAAGAACAGCUGCUUCUUGAAGCCCAAAGUGGUCAAGGGCAAGCCUGAGGCUCACUUCUCUCUGAUGCACUACGCCGGCAUGGUGGACUACAAUAUCAGCGGCUGGCUGGAGAAAAACAAGGAUCCCUUGAACGAUUCUGUGGUGCAACUGUACCAGAAGUCAUCAGUCAAAAUCCUUUCAAUAAUUUACGUCAGCUUCUCUGCCUCCGACGAUGCACCUGCUGGAGGAGCCAAGAAAGGGUCGAAGAAGAAGGGAGCAUCUUUUCAAACAGUAUCAGCAUUGUUCAGGGAAAACCUCGGGAAGCUCAUGACCAACCUGAGGACCACUCAUCCACACUUUGUCAGAUGCCUCAUUCCAAAUGAGACAAAAACUCCAGGCAUUAUGGAAAACCACCUGGUCAUCCACCAGCUGCGCUGCAACGGUGUGCUUGAAGGCAUCCGCAUCUGCAGGAAAGGAUUUCCCAGCAGGAUUCUGUAUGGAGACUUCAAACAGAGAUACAGGAUUUUAAAUGCGAGCGCAGUUCCAGAAGGACAGUUCAUGGACAACAAGAAGGCUGCAGAAAAACUUCUGGGCUCUAUCGAUGUGGACCACACACAGUACAAGUUUGGACACACUAAGGUGUUUUUUAAAGCCGGCCUGCUGGGUGCUCUGGAGGAAAUGAGAGAUGAGCGCUUGGCUCAGGUUGUGAUGUCCACUCAGGCGCUGUGUCGAGGGUACCUGAUCCGGCUGGAAUACCAGAAGAUGAUGGCCAGGAAGGAAGCCAUCUACACCAUCCAGUACAACUUCCGUUCCUUUAUGAACGUCAAACAUUGGCCGUGGAUGAAGCUGUACUUUAAGCUUAAACCUCUGCUGAAGAGCGCUGAGGCUGAGAAGGAAAUGGUCCAAAUGAAGGUGGACCACACAAAGCUCAAAGAAGAUUUGGCCAAGUCAGAAAACCGGCGGAGAGAAAUGGAGGAGAAAAUGGUCUCCGUUGUACAGGAGAGGAACGACCUUCUCCUCCAAGUCCAGGCGGAGGCAGACAACCUGCUGGAUGCUGAGGAGCGAUCUGAGGGACUAAUCAAGAGCAAGAUCCAACUAGAGGCCAAGUUAAACGAAGUAAUGGAGAGACUGGAGGAUGAAGAGGAGUUGAAUGCCGAGCUGACGGCCAAGAAGCGAAAGCUGGAAGAUGAGUCCUCAGAGCUAAAGAGGGACAUUGAUGACCUAGAACUGACCUUGGCCAAAGUUGAAAAAGAGAAGCACGCCCUGGAAAAUAAGGUGAAAAACCUGACGGACGAGAUCAUGAGUCAGGAUGACAGCAUCAGCAAACUGUCCAAAGAGAAGAAGGCUCUACAGGAAGCCCAUCAGCAGACCUUGGAUGACCUGCAGUCCGAGGAGGAGAAGGUCAACAUCCUCAGCAAGGCCAAAGCUAAACUGGAGCAGCAGGUUGACGAGCUGGAGGGUUCGCUAGAGCACGAGAAGAAGAUCCGGAUGGAACAGGAGAGAGCUAAGAGAAAGCUGGAAGGUGAUCUGAAACUUUCCCUUGAGUCCAUCAUGGAUCUGGAAAAUGAGAAACAGCAGCUGGACGAGAAGCUUAAAAAGAAAGACUUUGAGGCCUCGCAGCUGCAGACCAAAGUUGAGGAUGAACAAGCUCUCAGUUCACAGCUCCAGAAGAAAAUCAAAGAGAUCCAAGCCCGAACUGAAGAACUAGAGGAGGAAAUGGAGGCUGAGCGUGCCGCUCGAGCCAAAGUAGAGAAGCAGAGGUCGGAUUUGUCUCGAGAGCUGGAGGACAUCACAGAGAGGCUGGAGGAGGCGGGAGCUUCUACUGCAGCUCAGGUUGAGUUGACCAAGAAGCAGGAGGCCGAGUUCCUCAAACUGCGCAGAGAGCUGGAGGAGCGUUCACUGCAGCACGAGGCCACGUCUGCCGCCCUGCGCAAGAAGCACGCCGACAGUGUGGCUGAGCUGGGGGAGCAGCUGGACAACGUCCAGAGGGUCCGGCAGAAACUGGACAAGGAGAAGAGUGAGCUUAGGCUGGAGAUGGACGACCUGUCCGGCAAUUUGGAAUGUGUUGCAAAAGCCAAAAUUCAUUCAGAGAAGAUGUGCCGCUCCCUAGAAGAUCAGCUGAGUGAAGUUAAAGCCAAAGAGGACGAGCAGCAGAGAUUAAUAAACGACCUUUCUAGCCAAAACACUCGGCUGCAGACCGAAAAUGUUGAAAUAUCUCGCCAGCUGGAGGAGAAAGACGCUCUCCUCUCUCAGCUCACUCGGGGAAAACAAGGCUUCCUACAGCAGAUCGAGGAGCUUAAAAGGUUUCACGAGGAGGAGGUCAAGGCAAAAAGCGUGCUGGCCCACGGCUUGCAAUCCAGCCAACAUGACUGUGAGCUGCUGAGAGAACAGUAUGAGGAGGAGCAGGAGGCCAAAGCCGAGCUCCAUCGCUGCCUUUCCAAGGCCAACAGCGACGUGGCUCAGUGGAGAACUAAAUACGAGACGGAUGCCAUCCAGCGUAACGAGGAGCUGGAGGAAGCCAAGAAAAAGCUGGCUCUGCGUUUGCAGGAAGCAGAAGAAGCUGUGGAAGCGGUCAACUCCAAGUGCUCGUCUCUGGAGAAGACAAAGCAGAGGCUGCAGGGAGAGGUGGAGGACUUAAUGAUGGAGGUCGAGAGGUCCAACGCCGCUGCCGCCACUUUGGACAAGAGGCAGAGAAAUUUUGAUAAGGUUAUAGCUGAGUGGAAGCAGAAGUAUGAAGAGGGUCAGGUAGAGCUGGAGUCAGCUCUUAAAGAAGGCAGGUCUUUGGGCACUGAGAACUUCAAGAUGAAGAAUGCCUUCGAAGAAUGUCUGGAACAACUGGAGACGCUCAAGCGGGAAAAUAAGAACUUACACCAGGAGAUUGUGGAUCUCAGUGAGCAGCUAGGAGAAAUGGGAAAAAACAUCCAUGAGUUGGAGAAAUCCAAGAAGCUGGCUGAGCAGGAAAAGUUGGAGGCCCAGACGUCUCUAGAGGAAGCUGAGGCCUCUCUAGAACAUGAGGAGUCCAAGAUCCUGCGAGUCCAGCUGGAGCUCAACCAGGUCAAGAGUGAAGUGGACAAGAAGAUAGCUGAAAAGGAUGAAGAGCUCGAGCAAAUGAAGAGAAACAGCCAGCGGGUCAUUGACACCAUCCAAAGCAACCUGGAUGCCGAGGUGAGGAGCAGGAAUGAUGCGCUGAGAGUCAAGAAGAAGAUGGAGGGAGACCUGAACGAAAUGGAGAUGCAGCUAAGCCAUGCCAACAGACAGGCGGGCGAGGCCCAGAAACAGCUGAGGAAUGUUCAAGUUCAACUGAAGGAGGUCCAGAUCCAUCUCGCCGAUGUGCUGAGCAGCAACGACGACAUGAAGGAGCAGGUCGCCAUGGCCGAGCGCAGGAGCAACCUACUACAGGCGGAAAUGGAGGAAGUGAGAGCCGCUCUUGAACAAACGGAGAGGAGUCGCAAAUUGGCCGAGCAGGAGCUGCUGGACGCCUGCGAGAGGGUUCAGCUUCUCCACUCGCAGAAUACCAGUUUGCUCAACAGUCGCAAGAAGUUGGAGGCAGACUUGUCUCAGAUUCAAGGAGAGGUGGAAGACAGCGUCCAAACAGCCAGGAACGCAGAGGAGAAAGCCAAGAAGGCGAUCACUGACGCCGCCAUGAUGGUUGAGGAACUGAAGAAGGAGCAGGACACCAGCGCUCACCUGGAGAGGAUGAAGAAGAACCUGGAGACCACCGUCAAGGACCUACAGCAGCGUCUGAAUGAGGCAGAGAGCCUCGCCAUGAAGGGCGGCAAGAAGCAGCUCCAAAAACUAGAAGCGAGGGUGCGGGAGCUGGAAAACGAGCUGGAGACGGAGCAAAGACACGGUUCUGAUGCCGUCAAAGGGUCGCGCAAGCUCGAGCGCAAGAUUAAGGAACUGACUUAUCAGUCAGACGAGGACAAGAAGACGGCCAUGAGGCUGCAGGAGCUGGUGGACAAACUCCAGUUGAAGGUGAAAGUGUACAAGCGGCAAGCCGAAGAAGCUGAAGAGCAGGCCAACGUGCACCUGACCAAACUGAGGAAGGUGCAACACGAGCUGGAAGAGGCCGAGGAACGAGCAGACAUCGCCGAGUCUCAGGUCAACAAGAUGAAAGUCAAGAAUCGCGACAUGGCCAAGCACAACAAAGACAGCAAGGAGUAGUCGUCCCUGGCGGCCUUUUGUGAGGACAACGUCUGCUGAGAACCAUAGGAGUUUGCCACGUGCUCCAAAAACCGACACACUCGCAAACAAUUAUGGGUUAUUGGUUUUCAGUGAAUUGUCAGGAUUAGGGUUGGAACAGUUCACAAAAUUCACAGUUUGGAUUUUGUUAUGGUUUUGUGACAUGGGUUUUAGUUGGGGUUCAAUGCACAUUUAUGUUUUUAAUACCCUAGAAUAUCAUAUAUCUCAAUAAUCCACAAUUAACCUUUAUCUAUUGUGAUUCUUACGAAGAUAUAAAUACAACUUAAAAAUGGCACCUAAAGUUCUGACCCUUGCAAUAAAUGCAAAAGUCCAUACAUUUAUUGAUACAUCAGUGAUUCUCUGUAGUAAUGCAUGAUUGCAUGAUUGUCCAGUUUUGCCUGAAAGGGAGUGGGAAGAAGAUCAUUUAUUUAAUCCCACCCCUAGUUCUCCAUUCAGUGAUUAUUCACAUGAGUUUCACUGUUACUUUGUUCAAGGAUUAUAAUACAGAUGUUGUAUCAUAGUGGCAUUACCACAGGUAACAAUAAUUAUUACACUGUAACAAUAAUUUGUAUCAACAAUGUAGCAAUAAUGAAUAUACCAACAAUAGUAAUAGACAAAAUGCAAACAAUGGUAAUAGACAACAUAGCAAUAAUGGUAAUAGACAACAUAGCAAUAAUGGUAAGGAAACAUUGAGAACAUGUUAACACUUUGAGACAGAGUACAACAGCAGGUCAAAUUAAAGACCCUCAUCUCUAUAUUUGAACCAGACCCAGGUUUGUAUAAUAGUUUAAAUCGAUUAAUAGUUUGGCAUUGCUUGUGUUGUAAGUCCAGUUUGUUCCAUAGUUUUACUCCGCAUACAGACACACAAAAACGUUUACGAGUGGUUUGAGCUCUCGGCAAUAAGAAAUAUCCAAAACCUCUCAAGUUAUGAGCCUGCACUCGUCUUAUAAAAAAACGUUGUAGAUUAGGCGGCAAUAAUUUGUUAAAUUCUUUAUAUAAGGUUAUUAAUGUAUUAUAUUUAACAAGGUCAUUACAUUUGAGCAACUUUGAUUACAUAAACAGAUUAUGAGUAUGUUUUUAAAUAACCAACGUUGUGAAUGAUCCGCACUGCUCUUUUCUGUAAUAUGAUCAGAGGAUGAAUUGUGUUGUGGUAAGUAUUCACCCAUACUUCAACACAGUAUGUAAGGUAUGGGAGUACCAAGGUGCAGUAUAGAGUACGGAGUGCAUUUUCAUUGAGGUAUAGUUUUUGCUUUGUUUAUAAUUGAGAGGCUUUUGGAGAUUUUUGUUUUAAUGUGUCUGACAUGAGGUUUUCAUGAUAGUUUACUAUCAAUUAUUACUCCCAAAAAUGUAUUCUCAUUUACGAUUUCAAUUUGGGUACCAUCAAUACUUAUUUUCUGUUCAGAUAUUAUGUUGCGAUUUCCAAACAUCACUAUCUUAGUUUUAUUUAUAUUCAAAGAUAAUUUAUUUGUGUCCAUCCAUUUUUUUUACUAUGUUUAGUUCUGUGUUUACUGUAUUUAUGAGCUCAUUAUAGUCAUCACUACUGUAGAAUAUAUUUGUGUCGUCUGCAAAUAGUAUACAUUUCAGUACUUUGGAUGUAUUAAACAUAUCAUUAAUAUAUACAUUAAACGGUUUUGGCCCCAACACGGACCCUUGGGGGACACCACAAGCAAUGCCAAGAGUAUCAGAUAAAAAUUGACCCAUUUCACUCAAACACAGUGUCACUGUUCAAACUGUGUGUGAUGUUACAGUUGCCAAAAAUAAAAAAUAUAUUUGUUAUGAAAAAUAUCUGCCU